CCGCCCCCCUCCGGCCCGGGACACGUCCGCGGCGCGCGGAGCGGCCGGGGGCUGUCGAGCCAGGUUGGAGGCAUCUGAGGUUCCUCAGAUCCCGAACUGCAGGCUGGGAGGAGGUGAGAUCCACGGGCCGGGCUCUGACCAUCUUCCUGGAUCGCAGAGGCUUCGACCCCCAGCGCCAGGACUCUCCCCUUAGCCCCGUGGCCCCCAGGAUGCAGCCCCAGGAGAGCAGCAUCCAGUACAGUAGGUGGGAGGACAGCAGCCGGGAUGAAGUCAGCGUGGCCAGCGGGCCCGGCGCAGAGGAGGCCUCGGGCUGUAAGAGGGUCUCCCGGAAGCUGUGCUCGGGCAAGCUGGGCAUCUCCUUGAAGGUGCUGGGUGGAGUGGCCCUCUUCUGGGUCGUGUUCAUCCUGGGCUACAUCACCGGCUACUUCGUGCACAAGUGCAAAUGAACGCUGCCCAGAACAUGUGCCCGGGGCGUGGGCUCGGAGGGACACCCCGUGUGCGAGAACCCCUCCGUGUACACGGACCCGCCGGUCUACACGGACCUCAGUAUACACAGCUUCCCGUGUACACAGACCCUCCUCUCUAUACACAGGCUCCCCUCUGUGUACACAGCCCCUCACCGUGCACACAGACACUCUUCCCCCACCAGUGCACAGACUUCAGGGGUGCACGGGGCACACGGGGCACACAUACUGGCCUCAAGCUCACGGGGACACCACUGUGCACAGCUGUCACAGGCACCCACAGGCGUACAGCCAAACAGGGACACGGGUACACAAGGACACACACGUGCACACCUGGCACACACAGCUACCCAGGGGCCCACGUGGCUGGGAGGCCGGGCCCAGCCUGAACUGGGGCUGCAGGGUACACCCAGGCUAGGCCCUCAGUCCAGGGCCCCGAGAGCUCCCCUUCUCCCCCAGGCCGAGGGCACAGGCCUGGCAGCCCCAGGGUGGGGUCCUCCCUGGGUGGGCAUCGUGCAGAGCUGUGUGGCCCUGACCAGGCCCCUGCCCUCUCUGGCCCUUCUGACUCCCGUUGUGAAAGGAUGGCUCUGAGGGGGUGUAUGUGUGUCCCUCUGUCCAUCCACCCUCCCCGGGGGCUGAGUCAUUUCCUGGGUAGAGUGGGGAGAGGGGCCUUAGCCCUUGUCCCAGACCCCCCACUGCAUCUUCCCUCCAGGAAGGUGGACACGUUCCCCGGGGCUGUCCACCCCACGGAGUGGGGCCUGCAGGAGCCCGGCCCCUCCGCCGGCGCCCUGCAGGAGGCCCAGACCCUGCACACGGAGGUCGUCAUUAAAUGUCUGCUGAAUGAAAACACGGAUGACGGUGUCUCCCGUGGGUCUCCCCGGCGAGGUGUGACUCACGGCCCCCGAUGUGAGGCCAGCUGGAGGGUGUCUGGACAGCGGCCGGGAGGCCUGGGAAAGGGCCUGUGAGCCUCCCGCUGGCUCUGGGCCUUGGGAUGUGCCCAGUCCUGGCCAGGCCCUCUGCCGGGAGACGGGAGCACAGGGGCAGGCCUGGGGGCCCGCAUGUGGCUGGACCUGUUCCUGCCUCUCCUGACCAUGGACAGCGCCUCACCGGCUCUGCUCCCGCUCGCUUGGCCCUCGCCUGCUGUGAACUCACGCCUCAGGCCCUGCACACCCCUUGCCAGAAACACCUUCUUAGGGAAUUGGUCCUCACCCCACAACUGCCCAGAACUGAGGGCAGGAGAUGAGGGACAGUCAGGAUCCUUAUGGGCUCAUAGCAAACCUGAGUGUCAGAGGCCGAGCUGGCAGGGAGGGCAGAGACCCCACGGGGCUGGCCUAGGG